UUAAAUAACAAUUGAUGAAUUAAUGUGGCCAUGAAUAUGGAUCCUUUAAUAAUAGUUACUCUUUCAGCAUAUCAAUAACAAUUGAUCAACUAUAAACUGUUGGUGGGUAUAAUAUAUAAUAAACCAUAAACAAAACAGUUGAUCCACUCUAAUAAUUAUUACUCUUUCAGAUACUCUCAAUAGAGUAUUCCUUUCAAGCACACUCAGUGUUAACACAGAAAAUUCAACUCACAUAUUAAAAUUUGAAACAAUUAAAAAAAAAAAAAAAAGUUACUAAAGAAGUGAAAUAUUUUAUCUCUGUUAUUUUAUAUGCACAUACAUAAUUAUUUUUUAUAUUUAUAUACUUUAGAUGUUGAGAAUGGCUGCGUUUGCCACUUUAUGAUAUCUCUCUCCUCCUCCUCCCACCUCUCUCUUCUAAACUCGUACCCUUCCCUUUCCCUGCACUCGAUUCCCUUUGUUUUCUAUUCGUUCUAGGGUUUGAAAUUAUGGGGCUCUCCUUUCUCAAGAAACCCAUAAAAUAUUGAACCUCUCUAUAUUAAAAUUAUCCACAUAUUUUACUAUAUUUUUCUUGUUUUCUGUUCUCUUUAGCUCUCUGUGUAUGGCUGGCUUAGACUUGGGCUCAGCAUCUCGCUUUGUUCAUCAGCAGCUCCAAAUCCCCGACCUCCACCUCCAAAGACCACCGGAUUCUGAUGAUGAUCACAACACCCCCAACCGCAACAACCUUUUCUCCUCCGACCACCACCAAAACGACGUCGAUGAUGACAACCCUCAUCAUCAAGGGCUUGAUCUUGUGACCCCGAACCCUGGUUCGGGGGAUUCUGGAGGUCGACGCUCCAGAGGUCGACCUCCAGGAUCAAGGAAUAAGCCCAAACCACCCGUGAUCAUAACUCGGGAGAGCGCAAACACUUUGCGAGCUCAUAUUUUGGAGGUCAGCAGUGGCUGUGAUGUGUUUGAUUCCGUUGGAACAUAUGCCAGAAAAAGGCAGAGAGGGAUUUGUGUGCUGAGUGGGAGUGGUAUGGUAACCAACGUGAGCCUGCGUCAACCAGCUGCGGCUGGCGCAGUUGUCACGCUGCACGGCAGAUUUGAGAUUCUGUCGUUGACAGGCUCGUUUCUACCGCCCCCUGCGCCACCCGGGGCCACUAGCCUGACCAUAUUUUUGGCUGGUGGUUCGGGCCAGGUUAUGGGUGGAAAUGUUGUAGGAGCACUCAUAGCAUCUGGGCCUGUUAUUGUCAUAGCCUCAUCGUUUACCAACGUAGCCUAUGAGAGGUUGCCCUUGGAGGAAGAGGAUCAGCUGCAGAUGCAGCAGCCUGUGCCGCAGUCUUCGGGCGGCGGAGGCAGUGGUGGCGGCGGCGGCGGUGGAGGAGUAACCAACCCCUUUCCAGAUCCGUCUUCGGGGCUUCCCUUCUUCAAUCUUCCGCUCAAUAACAUGCCUCAUCAGCUGCAGGUUGAUAGUUGGGGAGGAAACUCGGCCGGGCGGCCGCCUUAUUGAUAGUUUUGCUAGCUAUAGGUCAGGUCAUGACCAAGGUCAGAGAAUCGAUCCUUAAAUCAAUAUCAAUCAUCCCCCAUCUUGUACAAUUAUUUUUCUUGCUUAAUUUCUUUUUUAUUUUUCUCUUGUCCUAACUUCAAUUUGGUUCCUAAUUUUAAGUGCUUUUUUAAUGUGUUGUUGUUGAUGAUCAUCUCCAUAUGGAAUGAUGAUGGAAGUUGGAUUUUGGAACUCUCUUUUCUUAAUUAGAAAUGGUUUCAGAGAAUAUUGUAGGUUUCGAUUGAUAUAAAAUAAAACUUGUCUGAAAUUAUGAUAA